AUCUCCCUCUCUCUCUCUCUCUCUCUCUCCUCUCUCUCUCAUGUGUGUGUGUGUGUGUUUGGCCUCUUUCUGUUGGUUUGCGGGGCCUCUGUGGCCCAAAGGCCGGUCCGAGGCCUCCGUUGGAGCCCGGUAGUUCUCCUCUCAGGGCCCGGGUUGAAGCUAACGGGAGACCUUUAUAACGAGCGGUCCCUCCUGGGUUCUCGUUGCGGCCCGUCAGGAGAACCGGGUCAGGAGAACCGGGUCAGGGAGGUCAUGAGGGGAACCGGACCAGAGACCAGGACCCGUUUCUCACACAGGAAGCUCACCGCCGCUCCACUUCCUGUCGCCGAGGACCUACGACCCCGAGACUAGAAGAGUCCUCUCCUUCGCCAUGUCCUCCUCUCCUUCCCUCCCCAUGUCGCCUCCCUCCCUCCCCAUGUCGCCUCCCUCCCUCCCCAUGUCCUCUCUCCCCCCCAGCCCCCUCGCCAUGGAGUACCUCAACGACUUUGACCUCCUGAAGUUCGAGGUGAAGCCGGACACGCCCCCUCCGCCGUGCGGGUACGCCAACUCCUCCUCCCUCCUCCUCCCCCACCUCCCCUCCCCCUCCGGCUCGCCGUACACCGAGCACCCCCCGAGGGACUCCAGCCCGAGCUGCAGCCCGUACGACGACUCGCCGCCGCCUUCGCCGGGCGUCGGCGAGGGCCACGAUGGCGACCGGCGCCGCCGCCCGGCGCCCUGUGGCUCCUCCUCCUCCCUCUCGUCGUCCUCCUCCUCCAUCUGCUUCCCGCUGUCGCUCUCCAACAGCUUCACCUCGGGCGUCAGCUCCGGCUCGCAGGGCCCCGCCGAGGGCGGCUCGGGUCACGGCGGUAGCGCCGCGCCGGCCUCGCUGGAGGACCUGAUCUGGCUGGCGGCGCUGCAGCAGCAGUUCGGUGGCGUCGGCGAGGCGGCGGGGCCCGCCACGCUGCUGGGGGCCUUGGGAGGGGCCCCGGAGCGAGGGGACCGGGACCGGGCGCCGGGCGCCGGCUUCCUGGGCUGCGAGGACGCCGUGGAGGCGCUGCUGAACUCCGCCGCCGUCGGCUCGCAGUUCCCAGGUCUGUCCCAGAGCUCCAGCAGCAACCUCGGCGACUCCGGCAGCGACAGCGGCGCCGACACCUCGUGCCCCAAGGGGUCCGACGCGUGCCGCCGGCCGCUCGUCUUCCACCCGUCCGGCGCCGCGUCGCUCGCCAACGGCGCCGCCUACCCGCAGCCCCUCAGCCCCCAGGGGCGCCUUCAUCACCACCAGCAUCACCAUCACCACCCGCACCACCCCAUGCAUGGCGGCCAUCACCACCAUCAUCAUCAUCACCACCCGCAGCUCCAUCAGUGCGGCGCCAACGACCGCUUCUCCGACGAGCAGCUGGUGAACCUGUCGGUGCGCGAGCUCAACCGACACCUGCGCGGCGUGAGCAAGGACGAGGUGGUGCGCCUGAAGCAGAAGCGCCGCACGCUGAAGAACCGCGGCUACGCGCAGUCCUGCCGCUACAAGCGGCUGCAGCACCGCCACGCGCUGGAGUCCGAGAAGCACGUGCUCACGCAACAGCUGGACCAGCUGCAGUGUGAGUUGACUCGGGUGCUGAGGGAGAGGGACGCCUACAAGGCCCGCUACGAGAAGCUGCUCGGCACCGGCGCCGCCCCGCCGGGCCGCGGGGGGAACCCCCCUUCCUCUCCCCCGGACUACUUCCUCUGAGCUCCGCCCCCAGGGAGGGGAAGAAGAGGAAGAAAGGGAUGAGAAACCAGCAUGGAGAGCAAUCAAUGAUGAGUAAUCAGACUUGGGGAAGGAGAAACAAGACUGUGUGUGUGUGUGUGUGUGUGUGUGUGUGUGUGUGUGUGUGUGUGUGUGUGUAUGCGUGUGUGUGUGUGUGUGUGUGUGUGUGUGACUGUGAGAUCCACUCCCGAGUGAUUAAAGAGGAAUCGACCGUUACUUCGGCGGGUGAGACUCGGCUCGCCGCUUUUAAACUUCACUGUGAACGACAGUCGCACCAAAGAACUCGAUAGACGAGACGAUGAAGAAGAAGAAGAAGAAGAAACAAGCUUUAUCUUGCAUUAAAAUAGUCCCUGACACUGCUGAGCCUUUCAUCUAUGCAAUAUCAUAUAUGAAUAUCAUACAUAUAUAUGAAUAUAUAUAUAUAUAUAUAUAUAUAUAUAUACACACAUAUAGCUGCGUCAUGCUCUCCAUAAGGAGUGUGAGGCUCACCCUGUGUAGUCGUGUGUGUGUGUUUCUACAUGAAGCCGCUCGGCGUGCCGUGGACGCCGGGCGGGUUUUCUUUUUUCACAGUUGCCUGACGACGUGUUUGUGAAUGAAUGAAUCCAGAAGAGAGCAGGAAGUGGGAGGAGCCUCUCGUGGGGUCUUCCAGGUGCUAAAGAGUGACGUUUAGCCAUCACUUGCUGUUUGAUCUUUUUUUAACCAAUCAAGGAGCUGGUAGAGUGUGAACUGGACUGGGGGGGGGGGGGGGCGGGGCUAAGGAUGCAGGGAUUCAAACUUUUUUGAAUGCAAAGAAUGGAGACAGGUGUGUGAGCUGUCCCAUGACUCACUGCAGGGGUGAUGCAUUCGAGCGUUAUAUUUAUUUUUGUUUGGGUGUAUAGGUUAAAUAAAUAUUUAUUUUACUUAUUUAUUCAGUAUUUAUUGUUUAUUUAUGUUUACUGAUUCUAAUGAUUAUUAUGUUUUGGCCCCUUUUACUGGUUUUAUUCCACUAUAGCGUGUAUUUUUACCUUCCUAUGCAGUUUAUUAUUUUGUAUUAAUAGAGAUAUUAAUUAAUAUUUAUUGCAACCCCCAAAAAGAAUUAAUUCAUAAAUAAGCGACGGGGCGGUACGGAGGUUGUAGUGUGUGUUCAGACGGCAGAGGAAAUAAAUAAAUAAACAAAGUAAACAUC